AUGGCAGAAGAGAGUCCAGUCCAGGGUCUCUGUGAGGAAACAACUUGUUCCAUUUGCCUGGAAUAUUUCAAAGAUCCAGUGAUCAUAGACUGCGGGCACAUUUAUUGCCAUGCCUGUCUCACCGAGUACUGUGGGAAGUUUGGGACAGAUGCUUCCUGCCCUCAGUGCAGAGAAACCGUCCAGCAGAAGAGCUUCAGGCCGAACCGGCAACUGGCAAGCAUUGUAGAACUAGCCAAGAAGUUCAGUCUUCAGCUCCCAUCAGAAAUUCAGUCUUCAUCCCGCAUCGGAGGGGCGGAAGCGCCGGGGCAAGUUUGUGCACGGCAUCAGGAGCCUCUGAAACUCUUCUGUGAAGAUGACCAAGCGCCCAUCUGUGUGGUGUGCGACAAAUCGAAAGAGCACAGAGGACAUAAGGUGAUUCCUAAGGAGGAGGCGUUCGAAGAGUAUAAGGGUAAAGUUCAGGACUAUUUAGAUUUUCUGAAGGAAGAAAGAGAAGCAAUUCGGUCUUCUCAGCAAAAUGGGGAAGUGGAAGGCCAGAUUCUUCUGGAGCUGACAGAGGGAGAAAGGCAGAAAAUUACAGCUGAAUUUAAACAACUGCACCAGUUUCUGGAAGACCAAGAGCACCACGUGCUGGCUAAACUAAAAGAUCUGGAAGAUCUCAUUAAGGACAAGAGGAAAGCCCACAUUGACAAACUAUGUGAGGAAAUUUCUGCUGUAGAUCUCCUUAUCAAGGAAAUGGAGGAGAAACAGAAGCAGCCGGCAAGUGAAUUCCUGCAGGACCUCAGAAAUGUUUUGCAACGAUGUAACAAGGGGAAAUUUGUGAACCCAGUAGCUUUUUCUCCUGAAUUAAAGCAAGAAAUCGAGAACUUCUUUAAAAUGCAUCCAUUUCUGGACACUACGAUGAAGGAAUUCAAAGACACGGUAAAUGCUGGACCUGAGGCCAAGAAAGCAAAUGUCACUGACUGUGGAACCUGUACAAUUCCUACACUAGUUCUGUCAGCGAAUAACCUGUGGAGUUCAAGUGGCUACAGCCAGCAGCACUCGUCGUUUAGUAAUUUCCACCAAAAUCCCAACUUGUUGUCUUGUUGGUCCUACAUUAUGGGAGUUGAGAGAAUAAAUUCAGGAAAGUGUUCCUGGGUAAUUAAUACAAAGAAUGAAAAGUUCUGGGCUGUGGGAGUAGCCCUUGAGUGUUUUCGGGGGAGAAAUGUGACUUGUUUGUCUUCUUUGACCCCUGAGCAAGGGUUUUGGGCUGUGUGGAAGUCAACUGAUAACUACUGGUAUGUAUUCAGUUCUUCCCAGUCACAUCGUGAUCGUAUACUAUGUCCCUGGUCCAGCAGCUGGGUGCCUGCACAGCGCAUUGGCCCUUGUAACACUACAACCAUCCAUUUGUCCCUGAACUAUGAACAAGGUUCAGUAACAUUUGUUAAUGCUGCCAACAACAGUGUCAUCUACACUUUUCCCAAGGCCUCUUUUCAGGGGCAGCAAAUCUCCUCCUUCUUUGUUGUGGGAAAGUGA